CCCCCCUUGUCCCUUUUUUCUUCCCCCGGUGCGGUACGAAGGCGUUACGGAGCCAAAAAGUAGGUCGGCUGUUGUGGCACCCAGAAAGGCUUUUGGGGACGGACGUCGGGUGUGCGCCCCAAAAAGAAAGUCUCAGCCAUCGGUCUCAUUUUGCCCGACCCUGUUUACUCGUGCAGGUAGCUGCCUCAAGCAGAAGCUCUGCCCUCUCGUCAAUAUAUAAGAGUCUUUCUCGUCGCUCCCCACCCAAGGCAUAGCCUGCUCUCCUCCUCCUCUUCUUUCUUUGGCCAUCCUUGAUUUAUUAAAAUAGUAAUUGCUUCUUAUCCAUCUGUUAUCUGGACGGCUCAAUACCCCAUCAUCUACAAUUGCCUUUCGAUCGAUCUUUUUCGUCCGACAACAUCACAAUGUCUGACGAACUCAACGUCGCUCCCAACGAGAAGGAGACCAACGGUGUCCAGCAGAACGUCAACCCCCAGAGCCCGUCUCGCCACGGCUUCAGCCACAACCACCAUGGAGAUUUCAGUGAGAUGACCAUCGGCCAGUACGCCCAGGCCUUUGGUGGUGCCCUCCAGCCCGGUGCUUGGAGGCCCUAUGAGCACCGCAAGCUCGCCAACCCGGCCCCUCUGGGUCUCUCUGCUUUCGCCCUGACCACUUUCGUUCUGUCUUGCAUCAACAUGCACGCUCGAGGCGUCGCGGCUCCCAACGUUGUCGUUUCUCUCGCUUUUGGCUAUGGUGGCCUUGUUCAGCUGUGUGCCGGCAUGUGGGAGGUUGCUGCUGGUAACACCUUCGGUGCUACCGCUCUUGGUUCAUACGGUGGUUUCUGGAUCUCAUACGGUAUUCUCUUGACUCCCGAAUGGGGCAUCACCGCUCCUGACGGCCCUUACGCCGGCAACGUCGCCAGUGUGCUCGGAUUCUUCCUGACUGGCUGGUUUAUCUUCACCACCAUUCUCCUCCUCUGCACUCUGCGAUCCACCCUGGCUUUCUUCCUCCUCUUCUUCACCCUUGACUUGGCCUUCCUGUUCCUUGCUUGCGAGCAGUACGCCGCCGACCUGGGCAACGCCACCGCCUCUCUUGCUCUCCAGAAGACUGGUGGUCUUUUCGGCUUCCUGGCCGCUUUCCUUGCCUGGUACAACGCCCUGGCUGGUAUUCAGGACAGCAGCAACUCCUUCUUCCAGGUUCCCGUCAUCCACUUCCCCUGGUCUGAGGCCGCCCGUGAGCGCCGUGCCUCCAAGUCUGAGCGCGCUCAGGCAUAAAGUGUUUUCCUUUUUAUCAGGAAAAGUACGUGUUCUUGGUCGGUUAUGAGCGAUGUUGGUGGGGGUUUAAAGGAAUGAUACCUGGCGGGAAAGAAGCAAAGAGCGUGGUUCCUAGCAGGCUGGGCUGCGAUUAGAAAAUGAUUACUGGGCCUGUUUUUUUAUUUUUUAUUUUGUUCUGGUUCACCCAUACGUAUUGAAAUGUAAUGCAGGAAAGCUCCAUCGCAGCUACUAAUCUAUAUACCU